UCCUUGAAUCCUCGAUGAAAAGUGAACCCGGCUCCUACUUCAGUGUGUCUCUCGCUAAAUGGCUUAAAGAUACAGUGAUGUUCCGCUCAGCCAAACACAGCGCCUCUGCGGCGGUGCCACCAGCCGAGCUGAAGAAGGGCGACGUUCUCCGGGUCAAGUCCGGCCAGUACCUCGUGAUGGACUUCAUCGGAGAGGGCGCGUUCGGCAGAGUUGCCAAGUGCUUGGACACCAAAUCCGAAGACAUGGUGGCCAUCAAGAUCUUCAAGUCCACGCGUGACAGCAAAGACCGGGUGAGGGAGAUGUCCAUCCUGGACGCCAUCAAGAGUCUGGACCCGGAGAAGAAAAACGUCGUGAGGUUUAUUAGUUUUUUCGGAAUCCAGAAGAAUUCCUUCCUGGUCUUUGAGAUGUUGGACAGAAGCUUGUCCUACCUGCUGAGACAACAGAAGAAAAGACCACUGAGUCUGAACGAAAUCCGCCCCAUCACGCACCAGCUGCUGGUGGCACUGGACGCCCUGAAGGGAAUCGGCAUCCUUCACACCGACGUCAAGCCGGACAACAUCAUGCUUGUCAACCACAAAGACCUGCCCUACAGGGUCAAGCUCAUCGACUUUGGCAACGGAAUCCCGACGUCCAAGGUCCACAUCGGAAUGAGCAUGCAGCCUCCCAGCUUGCGAGCGCCGGAGGUGACCUUGGGUCUGCCCAUCUCUGAGGCAGUGGACAUGUGGGGGCUGGGCUGUGUUCUGGCGUUCCUAUACUUUGGCUUCCACAUAUUCCCCGGCCGGUGCAACCACAGGAUCAAGGUCAUCUGCCAGCUGCUGGGGCAGCCCCGGGACAAGCUCCUGGACGUCGGCCUGAACACCAACUUGUACUUCAGCAAGAAGGAGAACGGUCCUCUCAAGUGGAUGUUCCGCUUCGCCAACGAGUGCUUCAAGCUGAGCAAGAUCGAGAGGAAGCUCCAGAAGAUCACGCUGGACAGCCCCCUGACCAUCGACCUGGCCGUGCAUCGCUUCUACAAGAUCAAGAACACGGUGGAGUGUAAAGACAAGAUCGAGUUCCUGGGCCUCCUCAAAUGGAUGCUGCAGCCCGAGAGCAAGCGCCGCGUCUGCCCGUCCAAAGCGCUCCUGCAUUCCUUCGUCACCAUGAGUCACCUGACCAAGCAGAAGAAGAGCUGCUCCUACGUGACCGAGGCUGUCAACCUGAUGGCGGUCGUCCCCAAGGAGAAGGCCGGCCAGUGAGGAGGGGCUGACUCCUCAGGAAAGACUGAGCUGUCCGGAGCGUGAGCCGUCUCUGACUGGGACCUCUCUGGGACCAGGAGCGUCUCGGACGGUGGUCGGCGGCGUGGAGGGAGCGCCAGGAACAGUUUCUCCCUAAGAAUAAAGACUUUUCUGUCUCGUC